GGUGGCGUCAGGGAAAUACCAAAGAACGCGGCCAACGCGGAAACAGGAAGCCUCGCUGUCGUGAACCCCCUCGGCGCCAUCGUAAUCGUCCGACGUUCCGAGAGACAUGGCUAUCCGUGACGGUGUUCCCACGGAACCCCCGACGACUCCAGGGUCACAAGAGAAGAUUGCUUUGUCACGCGAGGAGGAAGACCAGAAUUGCAUAAAACCAUUAGUCUUGUACGACAAAAUCAUCAAACGCGCUCAUUCAACUCGGGCCCCGGAGGGCGUACUCGCAGCUCCGCCUCCUGCACUGCCGGUGGAGGUCAAAACCGGAGUGCUCGGAGAAAAAUCCACGCGGCCACCGCGGGUGGAGAAAUCGCGCGUCCUCCGUAAGGGUCCGAGAUCGAAGCCACGACCUCGUGCGCAUCUCCAGGGCUAUCUGAAGAUUUUUCUCCUCCUGAUUCUCUUCUUCCAGCUUGUUGGCGACACGGCUGGCAAAGCCAUCGAACCUUCGUCGUUGCGACAUCUUCAAGGACAAGUUGAUGGCAUCAAGUGGAGCUGUCCCAACGACGAGACGAACUUGAUCCUUGUCUACAUAGGCGACAAAUUGCUGGUGAAAUAUCGGACUUCGGGUAAAACGUCCAACGUGUCGUACGAGAUCAACACCUCGUUGGAAAUCGUCGACUGGGACUGGGCUGUGCCAAGCGGCAAGUUGUUGUGGCGACGGAGCCCGGAGGACGGAGUUUACUCGGUGGAGGCUCAAGGCCCGAACGGCAACAAAAACACCUGCAUCAUCGCCAACUUUACAGCUGCAGCAGAGACGCCUACAAUGCCAGGACGCGUGCAGAUUUCAUAUCCAUCAAAUGAGACCACCUCUAAACAUGAACCACGAUCGCACGUCGCUCUCUGGUUUGUGCCAUUUGUGCCAUUGGUAUUGGUGCUAUUGGCAUCUGCACCGUUCGUGGCGCACGCCAUAAGGAAGCGUUCAUGCUGCAAGCCGGAAACCCAGCGUGAGAUCGAUGACGAUUCGUGCACAACCAAUGGCUGCCUGUGGGAAAACAUCGGCACGUGCGUUCGCCCGCGUCGCGAAUACGUGCCGCCACAGGCCUGAAGUGACGAGCGGAGCGGAAUGUGCCCCUCCCGCGCCCG